AUGAACUCCGACUUCACCACACCAGAGCUGCUAGAGUACAUCGCGAAGCUCGACGCGUUCAUCGAGAAGGAGAUCAAGCCGCUGCAAGCACAAGACGACAACGACCGCUUCUUCGACCACCGACGAGAGCACUCGAGGACAGACUGGGACAAGGGCGGACUGCCUCGCGAUGAGUGGGAAGAUCUGUUAAGAGAAGCCACACGCAGAGCAGACAAGGCAGGCUUCUAUCGCUUCAGUCUACCGAAAGAGUAUGGAGGUCAGAACGAGCAGAGCGGAAGAGGGUCGAACCUCUGGGUGGCAGUCAUUAGAGAACACCUAGCAGCCAAAGGCCUCGGCCUCUUCAACGAUCUCCAAAACGAACACUCCGUCUGCGGCAACUUCCCAGACAUCAUCAUGGUCCAGCACUUCGGCAACGAGCAGCAGAAGAAGGAACUGAUCCAGGGCCGCCUCGCUGGCAAAGUCCGCAUCACCUUCGGCCUCACAGAACCCGAGCACGGCAGCGACGCGACCCACAUGUCCACCAGAGCCACCCUCCAACCCGACGGCACAUACCUCAUCAACGGCGCCAAAAUGUGGCAGACGGGGAUGCACAAAGCCACAAACUGCUUCAUCUUCGCCCGCACCAGCGGCUCCAACGGCUCCGCGAAGGGCAUAACCUGCUUCAACGUCCCCUCCACGACUCCCGGCCUCAAAGUAGAAUCCUACGAAUGGACCCUCAACAUGCCCACCGACCACGCCACCGUCUCCCUAACCAACGUCCGCGUCCCGGCCUCAUCCAUCAUCGGCCCCCUCGACGAAGGCCUCGCCAUAGCCCAAGCCUUCGUGCACGAGAACCGCAUCCGACAAGCCGCCUCCUCAUUAGGAGCAGCAGUCUACUGCGUCCGCCAAUCCGUCGCCUACGCCCGAAAGCGCCGCCCCUUCGGCGAACCCCUCGCCUCCAACCAAGCAAUCCAAUUCCCCCUCGUCGAGCUCGCAACGCAAUGCGAAAUGCUCCGGCUCCUAAUCCGCAAAACAGCCCACGACAUGGAUACCAUGCCGCACCGCGAAGUGGAGCAGAAAAUCUCCGACAAGGUGAGCAUGUGUAAUUACUGGGCGAAUAGACUGUGUACGCAAGCGGCGGAUCGGGCGAUUCAGACGUUUGGCGGGUGGGGGUAUUCGAGGCAUUAUCCUUUUGAGCAUAUUUGGCGGCAUCAUAGGAGGUAUCGCAUUACGGAGGGGAGUGAAGAGAUUCAGAUGAGGAAGGUGGCCGGGUAUCUUUUUGGGUUUACGGGCCCGGAGAGGAAGAGGGAUGCCGUCGACGAGGUUGUGGGGAGUUCGAAGUUGUAG